AUGGUAGGCUUGACGUCAAAAGAGCAAGAAGCAGUUGAUAGAGUGAUCCAAGCUAUUGGAGCAUCUAACGAGCCAUACUGUGAUCAUGCCUAUAAUGUACACAGAUGGAUUACAGCAUGGCAAGAUGAAACGAAGGCAGCAGAAAACCUUCAAAGACAUUUACAUAUUCGCAAGAUAAUGCCCCUUCCUCCUGAUGAAGACUCUGUCUCGAAAUUGAUGGAGGAAUAUGCUCCUAUAACAAUAUUAGGGAAAAAUCGUAAAGACGAUAAUAAAAUCCUUCUUCUAGAACAAAGUGGACGAAUUGAUAUAUCAGGGCUGGUAGAGAAUAUCCAGCUAUCAAGCUUCAUGAGGACCAAAUUCCGGAUGAUGCAGAGGUUACAAGAAAAAGUAGAAGAAGAAGAAGUAAGAACAGGAGAACAGAGUGGUGGUGUUUUGAUCAUGGACUUGAGAGGGCUUAGUUUUUCUACAAAUCUGCUUUCUGUUUUAGCUGGGCCUUAUCGCAUCAUGUGGGGAACACUGUUCGAACAGUAUCCUCAAUUGAUUCAGCAGAUCAUAAUUAUUAACGCUCCAAAAUUCAUGAACCUGUUGUAUCAAACGUGCUUACCUUUCAUUCCUGCUGACUAUAGACAAAAAAUACAGAUUUCUUCUGACAUAUCGGCUCUUCACUCUUCUGUGGAUUUGGAUUGUAUUCCAGACGAAUAUGGGGGCGACGCAAAAGCACUGGACAAAUUUGAAAUCGUUUAUGAGAUCAAAAUACCCGUUCACCCAGUACCUGCAAAGGAACCAAUCAAACAAAGCUUAAACACAUUACAAAUCCCAGCCGGUGGAUACAUGGUGGAGCAAUACGAAUGGGGUAAAGAAGAGAUUAUGGAUUUCUAUCUCUCGAACGAACAGAACUUCACAUAUUUUAUUUUCUACUCUGAAGAACCAACAGAAGAUCAGACAGAAUGGAAAGAAAUUUAUGCAGGAUGCGAGCGACCAGCUUUGAAACAAAUUGAUAACUGGAGAUGGAAAACACCACAUUACGGGUAUUACUACAUAAGAUAUGGUAAUGAGAGAGCAUGGAUGUUCUCUGUAACGGUGCAGAAAGCAAUUUAUGCAAUUACACAUGCAGGACUGAAACCACAAACACCAACUAAAGUUUUUCGCAUCUAG